AAGAGACUUUGUGUCUCCCCAUCGAAAAUGGCAUCUGGGUUUUGCUCACUGCGUCCCACUCUCAGCUCCUUGUUCUCGUCCCACGCGCUUGCACCCACUCUACGGUGGCGUCCGAGUUCGCUGCGUAUUUCCCGCGCUUUAUCAGCUGCUACUGUUCCGAUAAGCUCCUCCUCCUCCUCCUUCACGUGGGACGACGUCGUCGAGAUCGGUCGCGAGGAGUAUGCGCCUGACAACUCCUCUGAUCUCACCGGAUUUCUCGAGAAAGUCGACCGCUGCAAUCGCGGAUCAGAGAAGUUUGCUGAGUUCAUUCCAUUUGUUAUAGAGGAACGAGUCGUUGGUUAUAUUCAUAAGGGAUUUACGGAGUACUUGAGGGACUUUCGUGAUAUCUUUACGUUUUCACAAAAUGUUUGCGUUGGUGACCAUGUAACGCUUAAUCUGAUGUUUGAAAAGCCUGAAGAUAGAACCAGAGCAGUAGCUGAUGCUAUCAAAAUCUUGGGUGACAAAGGAAUCAUUCCAGGAAUACGAAAUGAGCUGUAUCCUGUGAAACCGUCGUUUAAUGCUCCUGUCUAUUUCUCGCUAGAGCGUGCUGCUGCUCCUUAUUUCGGAAUAAAGGGUUACGGAGUUCACAUGAAUGGUUAUGUAGAAAGAGAUGGACAAAAGUUUCUAUGGAUAGGUAAGAGAAGCCUCGCAAAAUCCACUUAUCCAGGAAUGCUUGAUCAUCUGGUUGCUGGAGGAUUGCCUCACGGGAUUAGCUGCGGUGAGAAUCUAGUAAAGGAAUGCGAAGAGGAAGCUGGGAUUUCCAAAUUCAUUGCUGAUAGGGCGAUAGCAGUUGGUGCUGUUUCGUACAUGGACAUUGAUCAUUACUGUUUCAAACGUGAUGUGCUGUUUUGUUAUGAUUUGGAACUCCCUGAAGAUUUUGUUCCCAAAAAUCAAGAUGGAGAAGUUGAGAGCUUCAAGUUGAUUCCAGUAGCCGAAGUUGCUAACGUGAUUCGGAAGACUAGUUUUUUCAAGGCCAACUGUUCCCUUGUCAUUAUUGACUUCUUGUUUCGGCACGGGUACUAUCUUGACUCUGAUCUCUUUUCCCUUUUCAUAGCAUUCGUUCAUCACACCAGAAUCAUCUGGUUACUUAGAUCUGUACCGACGCUUGAGGAAUGGAGAUUGCUCAUAAAGGAUGCUUCUGUGUUUUUCCUCUCUGAUAACCUGUCGAGACAGUUCAGGUGCCUUGAUGAACAUGCACACACCAAUCAAGAAAGUCCAAACGAGCACAGCAGAGAUUGGGCAGAUGGCUGA